AUGACCCCAUCCGCCAAAUAUGCUCUGCCAGAGCACUGGACGGAGCUCAGUGCCGCAAGGGAACACAGACAACAGUGUACCGACCAAGUGAACACCGUGAGGAGGGAGUGUGCUGCCGGGUGCGGGAAGAAGGAUGUCGUGGAAUGCCCAGAUUGCUUCUCAAAGACGUUGGACUUGAUGCGGGCACGUUACUGCGAUGCCGAAGACCGGGAGUGGUUCUCACAACGGAGGGCCUUUCUCAACGAGUUGGACAUGCUGUUCGCCGACGCCAAGGACCACAAGGUCGACGUGAAAUUCAUCGAGGAUCAGAUUGAAUCGGAGAAGGAGGCGUGGUACCGAUGGGUCCUGCGGAUGUACCCAGAGUUCCUCACGGCUGGCGACAGUGGCGUGGACCGGGACGAGUUGAGGGGGAUGCUGGACGACCCGGACCGGUCACGACAAGAACUCAUCGAGAGGGUCUGGGAAGGCGUUGGAAAACCAGCCAGGUGGUCUUCCGACGUAGACACGCUCGUGGACAAGAUGACAGGCGCCAAAAGCGACGCGUCCGAGCUGAAGAAGCUGUACAUCACAUACCUCUUCAAAGACCGGUCAACGGGCAAGGUGCUGCAGCACGCGCAAAAGUACCUCGACGCAUACGAAGCUAGCGACGCGAUGCCGCUCGAGGAGGUCAUCGACCGCAUCGCCCAGGACCAUCGGGCCAGCAUGAACACGCAACCGCAACGCGACAGCCACAAGGCGCGCCUCGACGAGCUGCGCAGAGCCAAGACGGCGUUUGAGCAGAACAGACUCCAGGCUAAGCGUCUGGGAGCUCAAGUGCCUGCGGUCGCCGAGGAGCUGUACCACCUCCCGCCGUGUGCCGUGUGCGAAAGAAAGGUCGACCCCAAGGAUGUGUUUUCAUGCUCGCUCUGCCAGGUCAUGACGCAGAUUGGUGGCAAGAAGAAGCUGACGGUGUACUGCUCGACCGAGUGCUACCGCAAGGGACAGGACGACCACGUGGAGAAGGAUCACGACUGCGAGGCUGGCGACAACUGCGUGCAGAACCUGGACGAGGACGUCGAAAUGGACGACGGGACUCAACAAAGCGUAGUCUGCAACGACUGCAUCACGGCGAAGCAGUCGACCAUCUACUGCUCCUCACGAUGCGCGAUGCAGAAUCUGUCACGGCACAGGGAAGCCAAGCACGGGGUCAAGACGGCGACGGACGAGAUCAGAUCGCUCGUGUCACCGCUGUGGGAGCUGGUGGAGAAGACGAUCAAGGAAGGCAACUCUGGGUUGAAGUUUUCGGUUGCCGAUUGA